AUGGCGCUGUUCCGUCGCUUCUUCUACAAAAAGCCUCCGGAUCGGCUUCUCGAGAUCUCGGAGCGUGUUUAUGUUUUUGACUGCUGUUUCUCGAGCGAUGUUAUGGGAGAGGAUGAGUACAAAGUAUACUUGGGUGGCAUUGUGGCGCAGCUGCAAGAUCAUUUCCCAGAUGCAUCUUUCAUGGUGUUUAACUUCAGAGAAGGAGAACAGCGGAGUCAAAUAUCAGAUGUGUUAUCUCAAUACGACAUGACGGUUAUGGAUUAUCCUCGGCAGUAUGAGACUUGUCCGCUUUUACCUCUCGAGAUGAUCCAUCACUUCCUGAAAUCGAGUGAAAGCUGGUUGUCAUUGGAAGGUCAACAAAAUGUUCUAUUGAUGCAUUGCGAAAGAGGUGGUUGGCCUGUUCUCGCUUUUAUGUUGUCAGGGCUUUUGUUGUACAGAAGGCAGUAUCAGGGAGAGCAGAAGACUCUUGAGAUGGUACACAAACAGGCUCCCAAGGAGCUUCUUCAUCUACUGUCUCCUCUAAACCCGCAGCCUUCUCAACUCAGAUAUCUUCAGUACAUUUCUAGAAGAAAUUUAGGCUCUGAUUGGCCUCCUUCAGACACACCUCUUCUUUUGGAUUGCUUGAUUCUCAGAGAUCUCCCACAUUUUGAAGGGAGAAAAGGUUGCAGACCAAUUUUACGGGUCUAUGGUCAGGACCCUAAAGCCCGAGCCAACAGGAGUUCCAUAGUUCUCUUUUCCACGCCAAAGACAAAGAAACACACUCGCCUCUACCAACAGGAAGAGUGUAUCCUGGUGAAAUUAGAUGUCCAGUGUCGUGUUCAAGGGGAUGUUGUUCUGGAAUGUAUACACUUGCAUGAUGAUUUGGUGCGUGAGGAGAUGGUAUUUAGAAUCAUGUUCCACACGGCAUUUGUACGUGCUAAUAUUUUAAUGGUCCAACGCGAUGAGAUGGAUAUACUUUGGGAUGCCAAGGACCAGUUCCCAAAGGAAUUCAAGGCUGAGGUACUUUUUGCUGGUGCUGAUGCCGUGGUGCCUACUAUCGCAACAGCUCCAAUAUCAGAAGAUGACAACGAUUUUGAUAUUACUUCACCUGAAGAAUUUUUUGAGGUAGAGGAGAUUUUUAGCGAUGUGAUUGAUGGGCCUGACCAUAAGCGAGACUCAGAUAGUUUUGUGGUUGUUGAUACUGCUUCAGAUGAUUCUGAUGGUAAAGAGGUGUGGAAGGGGGACGUGGAACCCAAUGCGUUUCUAGAUUGUGCUUCUGAUGAUUCAAAUCAUAAACAUGAUCUGCAUGGGGAGGCUAGUACAGAUCCAGUCAAAGAUAUCACUGUUGAUGAUGUACAGUAUAGGUCAGAUGGGAAGGCAGACUCCAAUAUCGACUCAGUGAAGGAUAUAGGAAUAGAUGAUGGUGAUGAGCAGCGAAAAAAAAGGACUAUGGACGCGAAAGAAAAUGAUUUCAAAACAGCAGAGCCUCAACACAAAGGUGAUGGAGAAGACAAGGAUUCCCAGAAUGAUUUAGAGCCUACAACUCAGAAAACAAAUACCAAUCUCAACAACCCCAUAUCCGAAAAAACACAAGCUACACCAAGGAAACAAGUCGGUGCGAAUGUAAAACUGGCUGGAGAUUUACCUAAAACGAAGUCUAAGCAGCAAGAAACUCAGGGUCCUAAUGUAAGAAUGGCUAAGCCUAAUGCAGUUUCUCGAUGGAUUCCUUCAAAUAAGGGCUCAUAUAAAGAUUCUAUGCAUGUGGCAUAUCCCCCGACAAGGAUUAACAGUGCUCCUGCUUCAAUUACCACUUCUGGCAAGGAUGGUAAAAGAGCUACAUCACCUGAUGGUGUGAUUCCAAAGGAUGCUAAGACUAAAUUCUAG